ACCUGGUCGAGCUCGAGAGAGUGAGAUCUGAGCCGAGAGUUGUGAUGGUUCACACCACUCGAACCUCUGCGUCGUCGUCGUCGUCGUCGUCGCAUCCUCUUCCUCCUCCGCAUCGCCGCUUCCGAACCCUACCUCCUCCCUCCUCCAUCUCCUGCUACGUGUUGCUCGUCCUCUUCUUCUCCGCCUCACUCUUCCUCUUCUCCCACAACAAGAUCGCCGAGGUCGACCAAAACCCCUUCUUCCUCCCGCGGAAACACGCAUCGGUAUUGGAAGAGCAAUUGUGGGGUUCUCCUUAUGGCUAUGGUUAUCAUGCUUGUGUCAAACCCACCUCUAAAUACUCAGCUCCUCAAGGCUGGGAUCAUUACUUGACUGUUAGAAGUAACGGAGGACUCAACCAAAUGCGCACUGGGAUAGCUGAUAUGGUUGCUGUCGCUCGUUUACUGAAUGCAACAUUAGUUAUUCCACAGUUAGAUAAACGAUCAUUUUGGCAAGACUCCAGUACUUUUGCAGACAUUUUUGACGAGCCCCAUUUCAUUAAGACUCUGCAAGGGGAUGUACGUAUUGUGAGAGAGUUGCCAAAGGAACUGGAAUCAGCUCCGAGGGGCCGCAAACACUUCACUUCAUGGUCCGGUGCCAGUUAUUAUGAGGAAACAGCCCGAUUAUGGAAGGAUUAUCAGAUAAUUCAUGUUCCUAAAUCUGAUUCAAGACUUGCAAACAAUGACCUUCCUCUCGAUAUCCAAAGGCUGCGCUGUCGUGCUCUUUAUCAAGCGCUCCGUUUUUCUGCUCCGAUUGAGACCCUUGGAAAGAAGCUAGUGGAGCGCCUAAGAUCACGGGGACGAUACAUCGCCCUUCAUCUGCGUUAUGAGAAGGAUAUGCUAUCUUUCACUGGUUGCACUUACGGCCUGAGCGACCUGGAAGCUGAAGAGCUUAGGGUUAUGAGAGAGAACACGAACCAUUGGAAACUGAAGCAUAUAAACUCGGCGGAACAGAGAAAUGAAGGUAAUUGUCCUCUGACUCCAAAGGAGGUGGGGAUAUUUCUGCGAGCUCUUGGUUAUCCUCCAUCCACAUGGAUCUACAUUGCAGCUGGUGAAAUCUACGGUGGUGAUACUUAUAUAUCGCAUCUCCGAUCUCGCUUCCCAAACUUGGUUACCAAGGAGAAAUUAGCAACCAAGGAAGAGCUUGAGGAGUUCAUUGGUCAUGCUUCCCAGACUGCAGCUCUAGAUUAUAUUAUAUCAGUUGAAAGUGAUGCCUUUGUACCUUCAUAUACAGGCAAUAUGGCAAGAGCCGUAGAGGGGCAUCGCAGAUUUCUAGGGCACCGCAAGACCAUCUCCCCGGAUAGGAAAGGAUUGGUAGAGCUCUUCGAUUUGAUAGAAAGAGGGGAACUGGAGGAAGGUCCGAAACUGUCAUCGCAUGUUACUGAAAUGCAUCAAUUCAGACAGGGGGCUCCAAGGAAAAGAUACGGCUCUCUUCCGGGAAGUAAAGGCCGCGAUCGCCUUAGAACGGAAGAAUCCUUUUAUGAGAACCCCUUGCCUGAGUGCAUCUGUCUCACUGGAAAGAACAGCGGAAAGCACUAACACUCGAGGUGGCCUUUUUUGUUGUUCCUUGCUGCAGGAAUGAAGUAUUUACCAACAUGUACUAAUUUUGCAUCUCAUCCCCUUAAAAAGCAGGGUUAUAUUUCUGCAGCAUAGGUUGCUUAUUGAUUGAUAACAUUGUUUCUCCACAGCCACUUACACACUUAGAUUACGGAGCAAAUAUGUAAUUCCUGCUUGUGAACUCCAUAGUUGCAAUAGGUAUAUGCCUGCUAGAGAAGGUUCAAGAAAAUAGUUUUGAUUUUUUUUUUUUUGAACACUCAUUUAAAUUUUUGUUAGAAAUCGAGCGUGAACUAGCCUAGUCCUCCAAAAGAGGCCUGAUGCAUUUUCAUGGAUUGUUCUUGCUGGUCGUUUGUGUAUCACGGCGGUUGCCGUUUACUAGGGUUGUAAACGAGCCGAUCGUGCACGAGCUGAGCUGAGUUUAACUCUGCUUGAAUGAGUGGUUUGCUUGAGCUUGGCUCGAGCUCUAUCUCGAUCCGAGUCGAAAGAGGUCUAAACCUACGAGUGGCUUGCACAUUUGAGCCAACUCGUCCUCCGCUCGAAGUAAUAUAAUAGACGGUUCAUAUGAUCAUGCUUUUUUA